AUGUCUGUCUCACUCCUUCCACGCAGACUAGCUGUUCGUUCACUCAGAAGCCUGCCAUACCAACGGCAAUACACGGCAGUUUUCACUCAGCAUGCCCAUUUUGCCUGUGCUCGAUCAAAUCGAAGUUCACAAACCUUCAGCUUGAAAAAUUGGUUUCUUGCUGCCGCUGUAACUGGUCUCUUUGGCUCUUUUUUGAUCUACUCGGCGCCAGUCGCUCAAGCUGAGGUUCCUUCAGCGCCCCGGACUAUUCGUUUGAGUGAGGUCAGAUCACACGGAGCCAAGGCAGAACGCCGAUGGGUUGUCAAAGGCACCAAGGUUUAUGAUAUCACAGACUGGAUCCCAAACCACCCGGGAGGAGAGGUCAUUCUGCGCGCGGUAGGAGGUGUCAUUGACCCUUACUGGGAGAUUUUCACCAUCCAUAAGAAGAAAGAUGUCUAUGAUAUCCUGGAGCAAUACUACCUCGGUGACUUGGAUCCUCGUGAUCUUGUUGAUGGCAAAGUUCCCUCAGAUGAUAUUGAAGACCCAUUUCGAAAUGACCCCCGUCGUGAUCCGCGGUUAGUGGUGCAUAGUGAUCGCCCUUUUAACGCGGAGACAGCUCCAGCUGAUCUGGGAACAUUCAUCACACCUAACGCCACUUUCUACGUCCGUCACCACCUGUGGGUGCCUCAGAUAGACCCACAAGCGCAUAGGUUGCUUAUUGAGCUACCUGAUGGAGAAGAACUUGAAUACUCCAUGGAGGAACUGAAAUCAAAGUUCAAGCCAGUCACAGUAACAUGCACACUUCAAUGCUCUGGCAAUCGUCGUCAACAUAUGAAUGAAGAAGCACGAGCGACAAACGGCUUACCUUGGGAUGUUGGCGCAAUCUCCAAUGCUGUAUGGACAGGUGUUCGACUACGAGAUGUGCUCUCAGAUGCUGGAUUCGACGUUAAUGACUAUGAUGAUAGUGGUGUGAAGCACGCUCAAUUCCAAGGAGCAGAAGCAUAUGGUGCUUCAAUACCGAUCGACAAGGCCGUAGGGAAACGUGAGGACGUCCUGCUUGUCUACGAAAUGAAUGGUCAACCACUACCGGCCGACCAUGGUUAUCCACUACGAGUUUUAGUUCCUGGAAACGUCGCUGCACGCAGCGUGAAAUGGUUGAAGCGAAUAGUCCUCUCAGACGAAGAGUCCCAAUCCCAAUGGCAACAACGAGACUACAAGUGCUUUGGGCCCAACCAAGGCGGUCAAAACGUUGACUGGUCGAAGGCUCCUGCCAUCCAGGAAAUGCCAGUUCAAAGCGUAAUAACAUCUCUUCGAAACACCUCUCCGCGAUCCGCAGACGAUCAAAAGCUGCUGCGUGUCUAUGGUAUGGAAGAAGAUGCUGUUGAAGUCGAAGGCUAUGCCUUUGUUGGUGGUGGUCGAAGAAUCAUCAGAGUGGACAUCAGCCCGGACGAUGGUCGUUCAUGGUAUCAAGCUGACCUGAUCCCUGAGGAAGCACAUGGCCACAAGUCGUGGGCGUGGACUCGUUGGAGAUGGCUGGUGCCAAAACGCCUUGCUGGUCGACAAUUCGUCGUCAAGGCGGUUGACGAAGGUUACAAUGUCCAGCCCGAGUCAUACGAACCUCACUACAACUUUCGCGGCAAUCUCACUAGCGGUUGGCAUCGAGUGCCGUAUUCGAAGAAAAGCCGGGAUUGA